AUGGCGGUUCGAGUCAUUCUCCUGACGGUUCUCUCCCUGCUGCCUGUUGGUUGCUACUCUUCUUCUCCAGAUCCUUCAAAGCCCGAGUUUGCCAGUGUCAAGAUUCAAGAACCUCUUACCGAUUCAUUCGAGCCCACAAUGUCGAUUGGCACCUUUUCACUGCCGGCAUUGCCAUAUGCCUACGAUGCCCUUGAGCCGAGCAUCUCCGCUCAGAUCAUGGAGCUUCAUCACAGCAAGCAUCACCAGGCCUAUGUUACCAACCUGAACAACGCCCUCAAGACCUACGCCACCGCCAUCACAGACAAUGAUGUCCCUUCACAGAUUGCCCUACAGGCCGCCGUCAAAUUCAACGGUGGUGGCCACAUCAACCACUCUCUCUUUUGGAAGAACCUGUCGCCAUCCUCAUCUGCCGACGCAGAUCCCGCCAGCGCCCCUACUUUGACUGCUGAGAUAGCCAAGACCUGGGGCAGCUUGGAUGGUUUCAAGGAGGCGAUGGGAAAAGCCCUGCUAGGUCUCCAAGGAAGUGGCUGGGGCUGGCUGGUCAAAGACGGCAAUACCUUGCGAAUUGUGACUACAAAGGACCAGGAUCCCGUCGUUGGCGGAGAAGUCCCGAUCUUGGGUAUCGACAUGUGGGAACAUGCAUACUACCUGCAGUACCUCAACGGCAAAGCUGCAUAUGUGGAGAACAUCUGGAAGGUCAUCAACUGGGCCACUGCUGAAGAGCGUUUCAAGGGAGGCCGGGAAGACGCUUUCAAGAUUCUCAAAGCUGCCCUGUAA